GCUCGGCGCGACGGCCGCGUUGAGGGCUGCAGCGCAACGAGGCCGACGCUGACCGUCUCUGUCCUCUUGCUCUGCCCACCACACCCAGCAUCGACGGCGCACGCACAGGCAGCGUUCGACCUUGCAUGGACCACUCGCAUUCGCCAUCUUCGGACUCAGUGCACAUCUAGCCGACCAUCUUGCCUUAUCUCUCCUACCUGACAACCUCCAGGCUAUCUCCGGGCUACCCGCCCUCCGCAAAGAAUCCUUUGUCGUCGAAAUCGCCGACGCCUGCGGCUGUCGGCGGGCUGGUCCUUUGUCUGCCAUGUCUAUUGCGUCCUAUCGGCUGGAGUCGCCUCGCCCGCGACCACCCCCGUUGCCUCUCAGGACCGGCAAUUUGCCAGCCAGGAAUUCUCAGAUCCUAGGCCAUAAAGACGCUACAGAAACACUCCUUUAUGACCUGCCCUCGUCAAACCCGACAUCUCCCACCCGCCUCACUUCGCCCACCUCCCCAACCACCCCCUACAGUCCGCGCAGCGGUCGUCGAGUGAGCAAGAUGACCUCACCCAAGAACAGUCGUUCGAACACCCCUUCCCGUCCGAUGCAAAGCGAGCUAGAAGAGUUCGCAGAGCUCUGCCGAGCGUGGUAUUACCAACAAGAUGACGAUGCCGGCAGGCGCAUGACACAAACUCUUGCUACUCUUCCCCCGGCGCAACGAGCACCCUUUGCCCGUUUGCAGGCUUCCAUUCGUUCCGCCUAUCACGCUAGCGUGAGCGCGCGCAGGGAUGCAGAGUUCAAGGCGCAUCUUAACGCGACGAAGCCAGGCGGGUCGCUCAUGCCGCAUUCGCGCGCGGACCCUAAAGGCCCACUCGCAAGGAAAGAGCGCUACGAACGCCUAGACCGGUUCAUACGUACUUGGUGUACGAUGGGUAUGCCUGGGACAAAACCGUUCUUUCAGAGCCUGUGGGCGGUCAUGAGACUCCAAGUAGUACCGCAAGAACUCGGCGGAGCGGGACCAUACAGGAUCGAAUGGGAAAUCGACGACGCCGUGUUCAAAGAGUCUGGCGGGAAAGAUUUCAUGCUUGAAGCAAUAGAUGUGCUGAAAGGAGUUCUCGCCUUCGAAGACACGGCGUCGCUCAGCCGCACUCCCUCGACAAAUAGCCCCGCCCAGUACCCCGCAUUCGCUCCCUUGUCACCUAUACAUUCUCGGUCACAAUCGCAACCAUCCCCGACUGGGGAACGCACACCUACCGCGCGAACGCAGAAGCACCCGCCAAUUGCCUCCACGACCCAGACCAAGCGCCCCCGGGCGCCCAGCGACCCAUUUUUGGACACACCUACCCUGUCGACCUCGUACUCGUCUGCGAACACAGCCCUCUCCACCUCCGGUUCGUCAGCAGCAGACGAGCCAAUUACACCUACCACCCCCGCAGCGGAAAUCGACGAUCUGUUCGCGCCGGCGCCUACAAAUCGCGACUUCGCUGAAUCUGACGGAUGCUAUCUACGAACGUGGACCGCGCCAGACCUCUCCAAUCCCGAGUUCUUGAAUCUACUAACCCUCUUUCCUCCAUUCAUCGUGCAGACAGCGGCACCACGCUUCCCCGUGACCGCGGCGUCCCGCCGACUAGCGGACAUCGAGGAAGGCCAGGAAGGGCGGAAGGAGAUCAGAGUCGGCACCGGGACCAUGUGGCUUGGGCCGAAGCGUCGCGCCGACGGCUACCAGGGUGGCUGGUGGACAAGGUUCAGACUCUGGCUGGCCAGGCUGUUCUGUUAGCCAUCGCUUGGUGCAACAUCACAUCGCCGCGCUUCUCUCGCCUCUCGUGGCCCGUGGAUCGCGCAGACCCUUCCUCGAUUGCGCUUGUAGGGCGUUGGGACGAUGGGAUCGAACGCGUCCACGUAACUUCCCCGUUCCGCAUCUCGCAGUAAGAUGGUUAGAGCACCAGUACAUCCUGGAUCAUGCUAUGCUGUCGAACUUUCGCGCCCCCCCCCAUAUAGUUGUACAUAGGACGCUUCAGGGAGGGGUUGACCACGCAACAACUUUGGGUACAUAUCCUGUACUACUACUGGGAUGACUUUAUCUGUUAUGGUUAUGUGCUCAACGUGUCGUUCGGUGUCUUCUUAGUCUCUCGUGUCCCGACUUCGCUCGGUAGCAAGGCUCAUAUCACGAGAUUUGCCAGGGUCCAAUCGCAGCUAGUGCGGUAGUGCGGCCUUACCGCAUUCGCUAAUACGUCCAGCCAACGAAAUAGGGUUGCCGCAUCAGCGGCCUAGAAGACGCAAGGGGCAGCCGUAGUGUUCGUUUUGCAUACCCUACCGCUCUGCUCACACUCUCGGCUGCCGCAGGUCUAUCAUCCAAUCCCAUCACUCUGUUAGACUUCGC